GCCACCCCGGCAAGCUGGUGUCAGCGGAGCCAUGCGAUGAGCGUAUUGACAGAUAGUACCUGCAGCCACCGCGCGGCCGGCAGAACACGCGAGUGUACAAAGUCCCGGAACUUCCGGUUUCCUCCCUUGCUUCAUCCUCUCCACAGCCAAGCCUCAUCUUGAAUACCAAGCUUGAGCUAUAAAGCUUCAUCCCUCGUUUGACAGCUUGCUAUCGCUUAUUUUAUGGCAACAUGAAGUUUGCUGGUGGUUUUGUAGGCCUUGGUGCCGUCGCUGCGACGCUGUUGGGCAGUGUUUCGGCGGCGAGCUACGACGACAUUCCUGAGAUUGAGGUCUAUGGACAGCACUUCUUCUACACGAACAACGGUUCGCAAUUCUACCUCAAAGGUGUCGCGUACCAGCAGAACUACUCGCCCAAUGGUUCUACCAGCUCCAACACCACCUACACUGACCCGUUGGCCGAUGGCGAUGCUUGCAGGCGAGACAUCCCCUACCUGAAACAGAUCUACACCAACAUUCUGCGAGUGUAUGCCAUUGAUCCGACUAAGGACCACGAUGACUGCAUGGCGCAAUUGGCCUCGGCGGACAUUUAUGUUGUAGCUGACCUGGGCGAGCCCGGCACAUCGAUCGAGUCGAACGACCCUGAGUGGGAUGUCACCAUGUACCAGCGCUACACCAGCGUCAUCGAUGCACUUUCUAAGUACAAGAACGUCGUCGGCUUCUUCGCUGGUAAUGAGAACGUCAGCUCAGCCAACCAGACGGCCGCCGCAGCUUUCGUUAAGGCAGCCGUACGCGAUGCUAAGGGUUACAUCUCUGCGCAGAACUACCGCAAGACGCUCGGUGUAGGCUAUGCAACAGCUGAUGUGCCCACUCGCGAUGAGCUGGCACACUACUUCGCCUGCGAGCCUGGUAACACUGGCAAUUCUACUCAGAUCGACUUCUGGGGCUACAACGUUUAUUCGUGGUGCGGAGACAGCAGCUACUCAGCCUCUUCGUAUGGCGAGCGUGUUGACUUCUUCUCCGACUACCCGGUCCCCGUCUUCUUCGCUGAGUACGGUUGUAUCGAGGGCGUCGACGGUGGCGCCACGCACCGCCCUUUCACAGAGGUGCAAGUCCUCUUCGGCAACAUGACGAGUGUCUUCUCUGGAGGUAUCGUCUACGAAUGGUUCAUGGGCGCUAACGACUAUGGUCUUGUCGAGCUCACCUCGAACGAUGCCUCCGUAUCCCCCUACCCCGAUUUCACCUCCCUGCAAUCUCAGCUCGCCUCCGUCAGCCCAACAAUCACCCAGCGCAGCGCCUACACGCCUUCCAACUCCGCGCCCGCAUGCCCCACCGUCGGAUCCAGCUGGCAAGCCUCAGCCUCGCCCCUUCCUCCCAGCCCGAACAGCCAGCUCUGCUCCUGCAUGGCCGCCUCACUGCAGUGCAACAUCAAAUCCACCAACGAGGAUGACUACGCCGAUGUCUUCGACUACAUCUGCGGCGCGAACGAAGACUUCUGCGCCGGCAUCUCCCGCAACGCUACUACCGGCACCUACGGCGGCUACUCUGGCUGCGACCCCAAGGACCAGCUUGCCUGGGUCGCCAACCAGUACUACCUUGGCAACGACAAGAGCAGCUCUGCAUGCGGCUUCAGCGGUAUGGCGACAAUCCAGACUGCUGCGACGGCGAGCACGUGCUCGAGUCUUUUGCAGGCGGUUGGUACGGCGGGGACUGGGACUGCUGCUAGUCCGACUGGAAAGGGAACCGCGGGUGCUACGGGUGCGUCCGGCUCGUCGUCGAAGGGUGCGGCUGCUGGGUUCAAUGGACCGAAGGCGGUUGAGCAUGGUGGGUUGGUUAUGGGGAUUUGGAGUGUUGUUGCGGCGGGUAGCUUGCUUGGUAUGCUUGCGUUGUAAGCAAUGGAGGAGCAUUAUGUGAGGGUGGAAUGUAGAUCUAGACACAAUUUGUAGAAUUUGAACAGCAUAUUGCGUCCCUAAGAAACAUG